AUGACAGUGCAAGUGGGCCUGGGCAUGAUUGAUGCUGACAUGCCCCUGCCACCCCACCUGCGGGCACCCAGAGAGCCUGGCAAGCUGGAAGGACCUGCGGGACUGACGCAACAUUUGGAGGCCAGCCAUGAUCUGUUCGUCUAUGGUUACCCCAAAGACAGCAAUGCGCUACCAGUCGUGUCCCUGGAGCCAAGGGAGGACAUAUACAACGCAAGCAGCGCUUUCCAGGACCCUGAGGCCAAGAACAUGAGGGAUCCUGUGAACAAGGAGUUCUCCUUCUUCUGCCCGCCCUCCCAGCGCAAGCUCAGGGUGCAGCAAUACCGCAGUGAUGGCCGCAAGAGGCCGCCAUUCCCUGUGCCGUUCUCCACAGCGCCGGCCGUAAAGAGGGCACGCCUGACAUUGCUGGCCUCUGCCAGGAGCCCUGACGGAGCUGCUGACCUGCAGGAUCUGAAUGGCGAGGGUGUGCCAGUUGUGCGGCGGAGGAGGCGCGCGGCUGCGGCACCGGUGGUCUUGGAUCCCAUCGAGAACUACCACCGCUUCUAUCAUGCGCGCAUGGCCGUGCAGAUGACUCAGGAGGAGAUGAUUGCCAUCAUGGCCAACCCCAAGGCAGCCCCUGACAGCGAUGAUGAAGAGGACCUGGAGGCCUGGAAGGGUCGGUGCCGGAGGAAGCUGGCGCCCAAGAGUGAUCUCUGCCAGAUGGAGAAAGUGUUCAUGUUCAACUGGAAUGUGCACAUGCGCAACCACCCAGUGCAUGCCGAUGCCCAGGUGCCAGAGUGCUGCAUGAGCUUCUCCAGGAUCAACCAUGCAGUCCUCAGCACGAAUCCUGCGAUCCGGCGUGUCUUUGUCCUGCACCUGGUCAACCUGUAUGAAUAUGGCCUCCUGACCCCAGACCAGAUUGAUGACUGCCUGAGGGUGCUGGACGAGCCAAUCUUGGAGCCAGAGCCCAGUCCUGACAGCGACGUGGAGGUGUCAGCACCAGAGAUUCCUGCAGAAGCAUGACAGGCUCUUCUCAUGGAGGAUGGUCAUCCGUCAUGACAGCCGGGCAAUGCGCUUGCGAUACUGUCAGGAGAAUGACAGCCAGGCACUGCGCUCGCCAGGCUGGUGCAACAAGUAGAGUUACAGGCAACAAGCCAUAGUUGGAUGAUGUGCAUCAGGGUCAUUCUGGCCCUGUGUACACAGAGGCAAGGGCCAUUGCCAGCUUCCUCUGGAAUCCUACGCUGAAGAUACGAGCAGCAUGCAGUGAAUUGGUAAAACUUGUUUCUUGCUAUUUUGCUAACAGCAGCAAUGUGCGCUGGGAUGCAUUGCAAGCCAACAUGUAUUCAUGGUCCUUUGAGUCAUGAGCAGCAGCCUGAUGGCAAGCAGUCUUGCAGUUGGUCAUGUGUAUCACGUGGGCCAUGCUGCUGCUUUAAUGUUUUGCAGGACACAUUUGAUAAUAUACGAUGACAGCAAAAAGUGUUCCUUGUGCUUUAACUACGUCUGUCUCCUUUGUAAUUUCGUAGAAGCUAU